CUGCUGCUCAUCGCUCCACCACUCUCUCUCUCACACGCACAAUCGAGCAAACGCGGACGCUGCCGUCAUGAACGAACUUGACUUCAAGCAAGAUAGAGAAAUUGCGAAGGAUUUCCUUACUAACUUCGUUGAUGCGAACGGCGAAUCCAAAUAUAUUGACAUCCUUCAAGAUGUAGCUAAUCGGAAAACUAAGGUCGUUCAGAUUGAGCUCGAAGAUCUAGUCAAUUAUAAGGAUUUGGAUGAGGAAUUUCUGAGGCGCGUCACUGAAAACACGCGGAGAUAUAUUGGGAUAUUUGCCGAUGCAAUUGAUGAGCUGCUUCCGGAACCAACUGAGGUGCUUCCGGAUGACGAAGAUGAUGUUUUUAUGACUCAGAGGGUUGUGGAAGGAAAUGACUCCGCUGGAGCUUCUGACCCCCAAAAGAAGAUGCCUCCUGAAAUUAAAAGAUUUUACGAAGUAUAUGUUAAGGCAUCUCCAAAAGGGAGGCCUUUCACGAUCAGGGAGGUUAAAGCUUCAAAUAUUGGCCAGCUUGUAAGGAUAUCCGGCAUUGUAACACGAUGCUCGGAUGUCAAACCGCUAAUGCAGGUUGCUGUCUACACGUGUGAGGAGUGUGGAUUUGAAAUCUAUCAGGAAGUUACCGCUCGAGUAUUUAUGCCUCUAUUCGAUUGUGUUUCUGAACAAUGCAAAACAAACCAUGCGAAAGGGAAGCUCAUCCCCCAACUCAGAGCAUCAAAGUUUUUGAAGUUUCAGGAGGCCAAAAUUCAAGAGCUAGCUGAACAUGUUCCAAAAGGUCACAUUCCCCGAUCAAUGACUAUACAUUUUAGAGGAGAGCUUACCAGAAAGGUUUCUCCUGGUGAUGUUGUAGAGUUAUCAGGAAUAUUUCUUCCGAUUCCAUAUGUUGGGUUUAGGGCAAUGCGAGCUGGCUUAAUUGCUGAUACUUACUUGGAAGCAAUGUCCGUCACCCACUUUAAGAAAAAAUAUGAAGACUAUGAUCUUAGAGGGGAGGAGGAGGAGCAAAUUGCUCGAUUAGCUGAGGAUGGUGAUAUCUAUAACAAACUGUCACGAUCAUUAGCCCCUGAAAUUUUUGGACAUGAAGAUAUUAAGAAGGCACUUCUUCUUCUCCUAGUUGGUGCUCCUCAUCGAAAAUUAAAAGAUGGGAUGAAGAUUAGAGGAGACCUACACCUAUGUUUGAUGGGUGAUCCUGGUGUUGCAAAGAGUCAGCUUCUGAAACACAUAAUCAAUGUUGCACCAAGAGGUGUGUAUACAACUGGCAAGGGAAGUAGUGGAGUUGGUCUGACUGCAGCUGUUCAGAAGGAUCCAGUGACAAAUGAAAUGGUUUUGGAAGGCGGAGCUCUGGUACUGGCAGAUAUGGGUAUUUGUGCCAUUGAUGAGUUUGACAAAAUGGAGGAAUCUGAUCGUACAGCAAUACAUGAAGUAAUGGAACAGCAAACAGUGAGCAUUGCAAAAGCUGGAAUCACUACAUCCUUGAAUGCACGGACUGCUGUUCUUGCUGCUGCUAAUCCUGCCUGGGGUAGAUAUGAUCUAAGGAGAUCACCUGCUGAGAAUAUUAAUCUUCCUCCAGCUCUUCUGUCAAGGUUUGAUCUUCUGUGGUUGAUCUUAGAUCGAGCAGAUAUGGAUACUGAUCUUGAAAUGGCUCGGCAUGUUCUCCAUGUACACCAAGCAAAAGAAUCUCCAGAUCUUGGCUUCACUCCUCUUGAGCCAUCUCUCCUUAGGGCAUAUAUUUCAGCUGCAAGAAAACUGUCUCCUACUGUACCAAGGGAAUUAGAGGAAUAUAUAGCUAGUGCAUAUUCAAGUAUCAGGCAGGAAGAAGCAAAAUCAAAUGCUCCACACACGUAUACAACCAUCAGAACUCUUCUCAGCAUUCUGAGGAUAUCAGCUGCUCUGGCUAGACUCCGAUUCUCUAAUGAUGUAGCUCAGAGUGAUGUGGACGAGGCUCUUAGAUUAAUGCAAAUGUCGAAGUUCUCAUUAUAUUCAGAUGACCGCCAACGGUCUGGUCUGGAUGCAAUAUCUGAUAUUUAUUCGAUCUUACGUGAUGAGGCUGCAAGAGCUAACAAAACAGAUGUAAGCUAUGCCCAUGCCCUCAACUGGAUCUCAAGAAAGGGAUACAGCGAAGCCCAGCUCAAAGAAUGUUUAGAGGAAUAUGCAGCCUUAAACGUGUGGCAGAUCCAUCCAAACACCUUUGACAUUCGCUUCAUUGAUGCUUAGUUGAGGAGUGUGAUAUAGUUUGUUAUGUAUUGCUACCGAUAACUGUCUGGCUAUUGUUGGUCAGUAGUGUCAAGCUUAGCUAGAUAGCUAUUGUAGAUGCCAGAAAUUGCUGUUCUGUAGAUGCUUAAAUUAUUUGCUGAUAUGUGAAUCUCUACCUUUUUUUCUAAGAAGUCUGUUUUAUUUU